AAAAAAAAAGAAGAAAGAAUAGAAGACGGACUUCUCAUAAAGAGCCAUGGCCCAUCAUUGGAAGCUCGGCCUACAAUCCACCUUAGUUGUACUAAUCAGUGUCUUUCUUUCCUUUGUCUGUCUUGGGAUCGAAGAAAACUAGUCGAGCUCUAUUUCUAUUAAGAAGCUAAAGGACCUCACACAAAUCAAGCAGAAGCAAAGCGAAAGUUAAAAAUAUGAGCAGCAUAGGAACAGGUUACGAUCUCUCAGUCACCACUUUUUCUCCCGAUGGCCGCGUUUUCCAGAUCGAAUACGCUGCCAAAGCCGUCGAUAACAGCGGUACUGUUAUUGGAAUCAAGUGCAAGGACGGGAUUGUUAUGGGUGUGGAGAAGCUCAUUGCGUCUAAGAUGAUGUUGCCGGGUUCCAAUAGGAGAAUUCACUCUGUUCAUCGUCAUUCUGGCAUGGCUGUUGCUGGUUUAGCAGCUGAUGGGAGACAAAUUGUUGCACGAGCGAAGUCUGAGGCAACUAAUUAUGAAAGUGUUUAUGGUGAACCCAUUCCUGUGAAUGAACUUGCUGGACGUGUUGCUAGUUAUGUGCAUUUAUGUACUCUCUACUGGUGGCUUAGGCCUUUUGGGUGUGGGGUAAUUCUUGGUGGAUAUGACAGAGAUGGGCCACAAUUGUACAUGAUCGAGCCAUCUGGCAUAUCAUAUAGAUAUUUUGGUGCUGCGAUUGGAAAAGGAAAGCAAGCUGCUAAAACAGAAAUCGAAAAGUUGAAGCUUUCUGAAAUGACAUGCCGAGAAGGGGUUAUUGAAGUAGCCAAAAUCAUUUACAAGGUGCAUGAUGAAGCAAAGGACAAGGCCUUUGAAUUGGAGAUGAGUUGGGUUUGUGAUGAAUCAAAGAGAUUGCAUCAGAAGGUUCCUGAUGAACUCUUAGAGGAAGCCAAGGCUGCUGCCAGGACUGCACUUGAAGAAAUGGAUGCCGAUUAAAGCUAAUUGUUACGUUUUCCCCUGAAUUUCCCUAGUCAGAAGUGGGCGGGUUGGGUUUACAUUUUCUGCCUUUUUUCUCGUAUGGUUAACAUGUGCUUUAUCCGAGCAGGUUCUUUUUUCUUUUCUUUUUUUUCAAGGGCACAAUCAAUGAAAUUAUUUAAGAUAUCAUAUCUUUGCGUCGGAAAUGCAGGGAACGUAUCUUUUACCCCUUUCUUAUGUUUUCCUCUUUCUUACCUUUACCCCUUUCUCAUCAUCUCUUUCCUUUUGUAUUAUUACAGUAUAUCAAAUGCAUGCUUAGGCGGCCUUAGUUAAGGUUAAUGCUAUUUCUGUCA